GUCCACCUGCAGACGCAGCAGGAGGUGAAGAUGCGGAUGAUGGGGAUGGCGCUGCGCGUGAUCCGCACCGACGGGGUCCUGGCGCUGUACAAUGGGCUCAGCGCUUCGCUGUGCCGCCAGAUGACGUACUCCCUGACCCGCUUUGCCAUCUAUGAGACUGCGAGGGACCACUUGGGCCGCGGCAGCCAGGGGCCUCCCCCUUUCUACCAGAAAGUGCUGCUGGGUGCGGUGGGAGGCUUCACCGGUGGCUUUGUGGGGACCCCGGCGGACAUGGUGAACGUCAGGAUGCAGAACGACGUCAAGCAGCCAGCCCACCUGCGGCGGAACUAUUCCCAUGCCCUGGAUGGCAUGUACCGCGUCCUGCGGGAAGAGGGCCUGAGGAAGCUGUUCUCGGGAGCAACGAUGGCAUCCAGCCGUGGGGCCCUGGUCACCGUGGGGCAGCUCUCCUGUUAUGACCAAGCCAAGCAGCUGGUCCUCACCACCGGGCUGCUGUCGGACAACAUCUUCACGCACUUCCUGGCCAGCUUCAUCGCUGGUGGAUGCGCCACAUUCCUGUGCCAGCCCCUGGACGUGCUGAAGACGCGCCUCAUGAACUCCCAGGGCGAGUACCGGGGUGUCGUGCACUGUGCCAUGGAGACUGCCAAGCUCGGCCCGCUCGCCUUCUACAAGGGCUUCGUUCCCGCUGCCAUUCGGCUCGUUCCUCACACCGUCCUUACCUUUGUCUUCCUGGAGCAGCUGCGAAAAUACUUUGGGAUCAAAGUGAUCUCCUGAGCGGGAGGGCCAGACCCCGCUCCCUGGGGCUGCAGAACCCCAUCAGCACCCUGGGCCAGGGUUGCCCCCUCCCCACAUCCCUGCGCCCGGGGCCGGCGGGUCCCAGCCCCCAUCCCGCACCCACCCCCGUUCUCAGCACCUCCGUUACCUCUGGGACGUCCCUGGGCCUCGUCCCCUCUGCACUGCACCUUCCCCUGCCCUGGCUCUGCCCUCGCCCCCACUGGCGUGGCCGCAGCAGCCCGGUCCCGGUGCACUGCCCCGUGCCUCCGCCUGGGCUCAGCCCGCAGUGGGGGGGGUGGCCGGGGGGGUCCCGUUUUCCCGUGCCCAGGCUGCAGCCGGGACCUGUGCAGGGCAGCACUGCGUGCACGGGGCUCCCAGCUCCCACCUCCCCUGCGGCAGCAAGGGUGGACGUGGGCUCGGCGCACCCAAGCAUUCCCCGCUGAGUGCCUCUGCUCCCCUCUACUCCUUCACUACCCCCGUGCAGCCCCCAGCUGCCAACCCCCAAACCCCUCCCCCCCCAAUUCCGCUCAGCCAAAACUCCCCAGCGCCCGCCGGCCGCUGGGCUCUUCAGGGAUUGUGCCUUAUACCAAUGAUAGAGAAAGGACCUGGGGGGGCGUGGGGCGGCCGCGCUGCCUCGCUGUGAUCCUGCCGCCGCCCACGUCCCCGUCCCCAAGCCCUGCAGCGUCCGUCCUGCCCCGCUGCUCCCCGCACUGAGGUGACCCCCCCCCCCCUUCCACCCCCUCCCGCCGCACGCUGCCUGCACGGGGCUGCGGGCACCGCCUUCUGCACGCGCAGCGCUGUGCGGGGUGGCCCCGAGGGAUCAAAGAACUGGAAUAUCUGUGACCGUCACGUAUAAUAAAUAAACAGCGGA